GCAUAGCACCGAGAAUACCCUACUGACUGCUCGCUUCAAGCAGGCUUAAUUUACCGGCUAACGUGUUAACCUUACGCCUGUCAGUCAGAGGGACUGUCGAAACACGACUUAAGCUGUGAAUAUACCAUGUGUUAGACAAUUGUCAUUGGGAAUAUUUUGUUUACCACAACAACAUGGACAGCAGGAUAUUUACGGCGGAUUACAUCCAAAAGAGAAGAUAUCGUAAGGGGAAAAUCGAGUAUCUUGUGAAGUGGAAAGGUUGGAGUGUCAAACAUAGUACAUGGGAACCCGAAGAGAAUAUUCUUGAUCCAAAACUGAUCGACACAUUUGAAUACAGCAGAUUUCCCUGUCCCACCAAAAAGCGUGGAGUGAAGCCACAGAAAAGACCUAGGCUACAGGAGUGGAACUGGGCUGAAGGCAGUGAAGGUGAAGAGGAGCAGAGAAGCCCGUUGUCAGACGCUCACAGUUCCCCGGAGACGGACCUUUUUAAUAACAGUCACCUCUGGCCUCCAUUGUGUCACAGACGAACCGACCCCCUAACAAAGACACAGAGCAAACCUAAAGCACACGAGCUGUACCUCCGUGAAAAUGAUUCUAACUUUCCGUCAUCGGAUAUUAAUCCAUGCGAGGAGAAGCUACUGAAAGAACCCACAUCUGCUGCAUUGUUUGUGAAGGCCAGCGAGGAGAUUAGUGAUUGGCCAGCUUCGCCCAAGGCCACAGUGGACAAUGUCCAGGGGAAGGCUGACCAGCAAUCCACUUAUUGUGAAAAGGAAACAGAUGGUGACUCAGACAAAACUUUAAAGCAUAAAGGUUACCCUUAUUGCGACGAUGACGAGAGUAGUCCAGUUAAGAAAGCAAAGUUAAUUGAGCCACUCGAUUGUGCUGGCAAAGAAAAUGACUGUUCGCAGUUGUCGGCACGUGGUUAUCUAUUGUCUGGUGAAGCAGUGGUCAAGCCAGACAAAAACAACAUGGAAUCUCGCGACCCACGACCAGUUCUGUCUGUUACGCAUAAUCGUCAGGCAAAUCACACAGGUAAUCCUUAUUCUCCGCUCCCAAAAGUGGGGAUCCCUAGAGAGGAGCUGGUGUAUCCCGCUGGAGGAGGCGAACCCCUCAAUAUCCUUGUCACUGAUGUCACGUGUAACUCGUUGACUGUUACCUUCUUGGAGAGCCCCACGGGGAAGGGUUUCUUCAAGGAUAGUGUGGAUUAAGGGUGGUUGCCAUCAUGGCAUAUCAUUUAAAGUGCUCUGACUAUCUUAUGAAUGUGAUACUGUACGGGUAAGACUGACGAAUGAUGGAAUAUUGUUUUAUCCCGUAUUUUGCGGAGAAUAAUUUUGAAAUUGCUAGGGGUGGAGCGGGGAAUGCCAUAAUAUUUUUUCAUUGGCUCGCUAUUUUUAUAUAGGUGAGGAAGGGACAGUUAAGUUGUAUUGGUGCCACAUUAAUUGUAGAAAGUUUUGGCAUCUUUGAUAUUUUUGACAAGAAAAAGAAAAGCAACAAGCAAUUUUGCAGUUAAGGUUGGUUUGAACAAUACAUGUAAUAAGCAACACAUGCUGGAAACUACAGGGGGCUUAAGAUCAUGAUGCCGACUGUGUACUGAGCGUGUAGAAUGACAGUUCAUCCAGGCGUGCGAUUCACAAACAGCCCAAAAUUGGGAUUCAGUGAACCAUGAACAAUAUGCGAAUAGCAGACACCUUUGAUCGUAGUUCAUCAUUUUUCAAAUGGAACUGCAAAUUGAUAUGCCGGAUGGACGUAUGUACAUUUAGUGCGAACUGUGUUUCAUCCAUGAACGUGGUUAUAAUUACUUGAUACGAAGUCAUCUGUCUAUGGUACAUUUAGGUUGUUCGUUUGUAUUGUGUUACAUCAUGUAGAUAUAUGAACGAAGGGCUAUGUAUAAAAUCAGAAUACUUGCGCAGUUCGUGCAGAAUUGGGUCUCUAUGUUUCCAUCAAAAUGAAUGUAACUGUUACGUUUUAAAAGCAUUUUGAAUGGCUGCAUUUGUCAUAAUAGACCUUCUAAUGUAUAGUUGAAAACAAACACACACUGUUAUACCAAAGGACGGGUAUAGCAUAUUCCAGACUUACCCAGUACAUUUGCUAAAGUAAAAGCUCAUUUGAAUGUACAUAUAUCUUCGUGAAUACUGUCUUGAUGAAAUGAUCUGUUACUAUUUAUUGUUUGAAAUUUACAAAAAUAAAGCAUAAGCUUAUGAAUA